UUCAGCCGCCGCCGCCGCCGGGAGCUGCGGGCACGGUCCGGGGACGCGGCGAGCAGCCUCUGCGGCCGCACCUCCGCCGAGCGCCGCGGCCGCCACGAUGUGUGCCGUGCAGGUGAAGCUGGAGCUGGGGCACCGCGCCCAGGUGAGGAAGAAACCCACGGUGGAGGGCUUCACCCACGACUGGAUGGUGUUCGUGCGCGGCCCGGAGCACAGUAACAUUCAGCACUUUGUGGAGAAAGUCGUCUUCCACUUGCACGAAAGCUUCCCUAGGCCAAAAAGAGGUAGGGCUCGAAUACAAAAGAGACUUGAUAAAAAAUGUCUUUGCUGGAGAGGAAACAAUCGCGGGGCCCCGGCGCUCCCCGGGCCGUUCCCCGCCCCCCGCGCCUCGCUUGCCGGUCUAGCCUGGGACCCGGGGGCGCGGUGCCAUUCUGGCCAGGUCCCUGCUGCCGCCCGCCCGCGCGCGCGCAAGUGGUCGACUUGGGCUCCGGGAAAGUCAGCGCAGAGAAAGAACCGUCAGGUGUCGCGUGUUUAUUCACCCCAGCCCUCUUGGGUUGCUGUGGGUCCUUUGGGGAAGGUGCAAUUAGUUACUGGGUUUGGAGCUUUGGAGAGUAGGGCUGGAGGGAAUAAACAGUUUGCGUCUUUUCUUCUCCUCCUGGAGAAAUUGAGAUUUACCUGUGUUGCUAGCCAAGAAUGCAUUGGAGGUAGUUAUUGUUCCGUUUAGAGAAGUCAGUUCUCUAGGUUCUUCUGGCCUCAGUGUUUGAGGCACUAGGUGCCAGUUGCUGUAGACUCUCCCUUUGGGAGUUAGUCUCCACCUCUCCUCACCUCAGCCUGGAUUUUACUAGUUGGGGGACUUAUUAACACCCCCCCCCCGCGGCAUUUUACUGCUCCAGUAGAUAGUGAGCACAUUCUGGAGUGUCUUCUGGUUGGGACCCACAAGGGGAGGGGGGGUUCCUUUAAGGUUGAAAGCUAAGUUUCAGGCAGUGAUGCUGUUUUGCCUAUCUCUUCAGUUUCCUCUACACCUUGAUCCUUGGUCAUAAAGUCGGAUUGCAUACUCUUGCUGAGGCUCUGUGGUCCCAAACAUCUUCAAUAAAAAGAACCAGACAGUUUGGGGGGGGAGAGGAAAGGGGUGUCAUGUAAAACGAUGUUUGAAGAGGCUUUGAAAAAUACUGUUUUCUCUUCCCUCCUGCCUCUGGAAAGCGGCUGUCUGGUUGUUUUAGUUGGAUUACUGGAGGUAACAGUACAAAUACAAUAAGGUGCUUUGUUUGUGAGCAGCUUUAUUUAUCUAAGUCGACACAAUGGUUAGUAGUUAUCUUCCAUUUGAUCCGUAAUCUUUAUUGGCAUCUAGAACUCCUGCAGUUUCUUAGAGUAACAUCAUAAUAAAUCCAUUCUGCUUAGAGUGAUGUGGAAAUUAUUGAACAUUCAGGGGCCCGAAUAAAGAAAGGAGAAAGGAUGCAUGCCUUGGAGGUGGCAGAGUUUGUGUUUAUUUUUAUUUUCCGUGCCUGUAUAAUGGGAGGUAGGAUUUCAUUUUUGUGCCUUUAAUGGCUAGGCUUAUAACUCCUUUCCAAAACUUGACCAGUUGAAAUUUUGAUGGGCUUUGUUGAAUGGUUAAGAAAUGUGUCCAUCUUCUAGUAGAGGUAGGAGAAGAUGCAUGACUUAUAGGAGGUAACACUUAGUAUUUUAGCAUUUUAUAUGAACAUAUAGACAGGUACUGUAUUUUUGUAUUUCCUCAAAGCCGUGGUAAGAAUGCACAUGGCCAGGCUGUCUGCAGAUGCCUGGGGAUGAUGUUGGUUGGAAUCCCUCUCUCCUCCCAUGUCUGUUGAGCCACUGCAGAGUUUAAACAAAAGAAAGCACCUUCUGAGCUGUUUGGUACACUGCUGCUGCUCACUUCAAGGCAAAAUACACUUUUAAAAGCAGUAUUUAUUGUGUUAGGAGAAUCAACUCAGUUGUUAGAAAAUGUUGCUCUUCAGGUAACUUUGCUUGGGCACCUUGAUAAUUAACCAAUUGGCAUAAAAAAUCAAAGGUCCCCUCUUUUCUAUUUCCCACUGUUUCUCUGCUUCUGUGGGUGUGAGUGGUGAUGCCACCCUGUUUUCCAUACUGGGUGAUUUUUCUGUCCAGCCUGGCGGGGGUUGCUGUUCCCAUAGCACACACCUGCAAGGUGUGUUGAGCCCUUGAUAACAGUGAUGACUUCUCAAUCUCUCUGGUGAGGGGUAUCUGUUGAUCGGACUUCACAAUUUCAAUUAUCAACUGUGGAGUUUCUUCUUUAUGCAGUCGAUAAGCCAUUGUUUUAAAAUGUUUAUUUUUGGAUUUUUAUUUGUGUUGUGUGUGGUUCCCAUGAUGUGACAAGUCCUGGGAAAAAUGCCAAUUUCUAUCGCCCAGGAGAGACCUUGUCAUACUGUAAUUACAAUGAUUCAGAUUGCUAGAGAUUUCACCGUUCAUUGGGAAUGGCAAGCUAUAAACUCCAGCAACACCAGGCAUAAUGUUCAAUCCUGGGAUCUAUUUGUUGACUUAUCAAAUCUUUGAAAAUGAUAAGAACAAAUGAAAACUAAGAUCGCCAGGCAUUUACAAGGCUUUUUUUCUAGUACCUUUCAAGGUGCUGUGUCUUGCUAUAUGGUGGAUAUAAUUGAUAGGAUAAAGUUUAACUAAUUGGAAAUCAGAGGAAGUGCAGAAAUGAAUUUGAGAGAGAUCGGAGUACAGUGUGUUUAAGGGAAAGCUUAUCCUCUGAACUAUUAGUAGUGACAAGUUAAUGCCCUUGCAUUACAUACAGUAGCUAAUAAGCUGAGGAACCCCAGAUCUGGGCAUGAACUGUUCAGCCAUGAAGAUGGAUGAGUCCUUAGCUUUGUAAUCCUUGGUUUAGAAAAGCAAAUUGAUUUUCAGGUUGAUUUCCUUUACUUCACAAUAAUAUUAUAAGAACUUGUAGAGAAAGAAAUUAUAGUAUUUUCAACUUGUUGCCAAAUGAGAAUUAUAUAUACCAUUUCAGAAUUGAGCUAAUUGGAUUUGAAUUAAUGAGGUUUUUCUCUGUCACAAAGACGUGUGGAAGACCUUUAAUUUAAAACUACUGGCACACAGUCCUAGAAAAAGAGAUUUUGAUGAAAUAGUGAAGCCUAGAAUAUCCAUUAGCUAAUGAAGAAUAGGCAGGUCAGAGUUGAUGCAUUUUCAGACUAUCUAUUUGCAGGAAAAGACCAUAUCUUAUGUAUUAUUACCAAAGAUUUAUGCUGGUCUGAUAUGACUGAAAUGAAUAGUUAUAUUCAAAACAUUCCAUUUGAAAUAUUAAUGUUUUCAUUUUUAGUCAGGUCUAAGUUUUGGUGAACUCUCCUUCCAAUUAUACACAUCCUUACUAUUGCAAUCUGUUUUAUUGACAUUUAUGAUGUGGAAGCUGUUACUUAUUAUUUUAUGAAAGCUAAUUUGGCCACUGGUAUGAUUUGAUAGCUUUCUGUUUGUACCUCUAGUCCUUUGAGUGGGCAAAUAAAACAUAAUCAGUAUACCCUUACAGCUCUCCUUUGGUUUAGGCAUCUGUGAUUAGCUUUAUUAUAGAGCUCUGAUUUGUGCCUCUUAAGUAAUUUGGACAACUUUUUUUUUUUUUUAUCAAGGUAGCUAGUAUUUGAAGGUUUAUUUGGUUGAGGAUUGGUAUAUAUCUUGUAUCUUUUGUCUUUGGAGGCAUUUAAAAAUGUACCAAUUAAAGAAAUAAGGAUGGGUGAAUGUCAGUUGCUUAUGGUUCUGAUGGGAAUUACACUGACCAGCAAACAGGGUGAAGCUUCCCUAGCCACUUGACAGAUGCAUUGCUGAAGGAAUGUCACCUACAGUGGUGAAAAUGUCAGCUGGGUAUGGAAAGUUGGGAUCGAUUAUGAUUUCAAGUGCUUCUAUCAUUGACCUCAGCAGAUCUACCAGGAAUUUCCUAGUAGCUGUGACUUCCCAAGUAUACAAACAGAUCAACUAUUUCUUGUGACGUUUUUAAUAGCAAAACUUAGUAAGGAAGCCAUAGAGGGGACUUCAAAUGAGUGCACACAAAAAGUAGCAAAUGUGUAUGUAAAUGUCAGGAUAUCUUAGUGACCUGUUAGCUGGUCAGGCAACAUGUUGUCCAGGUGAUCCAUUAAGGAGUGUGCCUCCUCCGAUUGCACAUGUACACAUGUGUGAAGAGAUUCUGGGUUCUGGGCAUCAGUCUUUCAAUGGUCACCUUUGAGCAGGUGGUGGUGGUG